ACCAACACUUGAGUGCACAAAAGACAUCCAGAGCCAAAAGUGAAAACAUGUCUUUUCCGUUAAGUGCUGGGAAUAGUUUAUAUGCUGACUAUCCUUGGAAACUGAAUUCUUCAGGGGUUCAAAUGAUCCCUUACAUGGUUCCGCAACAGCCAACAGUCUUUCAACAGUUCCAAACUCCAGUUUCUGCAGUCUUCCAACCUACCAGCUUCAGAGCUGGGCACAUCAAAGAAGAUCUAGUUGAGCUAAUGAUGAUCCAGAAUGCACAGAUGCACCAGGUGAUCAUGAACAACAUGACAAUGUCCGCCUUGUCGCAGUUUGGACAUUCGGCAGAACCCCAGACAAAAGAGGUGAACUCGGUGCCAGUCAUAAUUGAGAAAACAGGCCCAGAUAUUGUGUAUCACCACUACUAUGAUCCAUAUCCCUAUCAGGUCCCACCUUUGUGGCAGAUUCCUCCAGUUCAGUUACUUCCGAAGCAGGUAGUGCGGCAUUUGAAUGAUGGAAAUCCAGUUGUCCGGAGAGAACUGAAUGCCGUACCUCCUCCACCUCCACCAAGUGCUACAGGAACAGUUGGGGCUGAUGUGCGUCCUGCUUCAGAAUAUUACGGUAUUGCUAGUGCAAGAAUGUGAAAGGAUUUCUCUGAGAAUGAAGUUGUUCCAGGAUUGUACAGAGUGACAUCUUUUAAUGUUAUUCUCUUGGACUUGGACAGCAGCGGCAACACUGGCAGAGGAGUAGCACUUUCAGUUCAACAUCAAAGCCAAUCGCAGGACAGUUGCAGCAAAUUAAAAAAGGACACACUGGCAAUAUUAAAAGGCGAGAUAAAAGUGCCUGCUUAUGGAUAUUUUGGCUAUCAUAGUAAAUAUGAUUUUUACUGCAUUCAGUAUUUAGUAAUGACAGUUAGCAGUUAAUGGUUACCUUGAGCAGAACAAAAGAAUUCUCAGCACCUCACAAGCACUGUUGAUGGUGUGUGGAUGUGACACAUUCAGCAUCAGCGAGACUGAAUGAGCAGAUCCUAGUUUUGAUCAGCAUCAGUAUGGAUGCAGUAGGGAAACUGUGAUGAAUACAAAAAUGUGGACAUCGUCUACAACAUAUUGCAUUGCCACCUUUAAAUAUACACCAGUAACACUAUCCUGUUAGUUCUGGUCAACAUACUUGGAAGUAGUAGUAAGCAGGUAUGAUCAAUAGCACAGAUUUCAUUACAAAACAUUGCUUUUUAGUUUUGUACCUUUUUUCUUUCUUAUUCCUGUAAUUUUUCUGGGAUUUAAAGACAGAACUUUAAUAUUUAUUUUGCUUUUUUCAAGACAUUUUUGGCUUUGGUUCCAAUGACCUUUUACUCCUUUUUGUAUCCUUUACAAUGAUUAAGGGAUGCAUGAGGGAUUUUUACAUUUAUUCCCCAAAUUGAUCACCACAAUAUUCCUAGAUUUUAUUUGUGCUGGACAACUCAUCCUUUAAUUCUUCCCUUUAUACAAAGUCUGCAUUUGUUUGUGAAGAAACAGCCUUUGAUGAGUGCAUUCUGUUAUCCAGGAUCGAAUAAUAUGAUUGCAUUGUCAACUUGCCAAUAUCAGAAAUGAACUCAAGUUACUGAAAUUUAAGUCAAGACUGAAAGCAAGUUAACUUGUACAGAACCAGUCUAGCCAACACUGUGCCUUCAUAUCUUAAAGUUGUUUCCCUCUUUCUGUAAUAUUUGUAAUAUGAAAUAUAAUACUCAAUUCUUAAGUGUCCUGGCAUUGUUUUGUGGAACUUUAAAAUGGAAGGACACACUGAGUCAAAGAAAAAUCAGUUCUCUUGCAAGGAAAUUAUGUCUAGUGACAGGGGAUUUUCAUCAGAAGGGUCUCAAAUGUCAGCUGUAAGCUAAAUUGUACAUGUACAAUACUCAGAUGGUAAAAUAUUUCAGACUUUAUUUCUCUUCAGGGCUCCAACCCAGAAUAAUAUCUGAAUAAAAUAAUGAAAAUAGAAUUCCUAGAAAGUGGAUUCCUUCUUUUUCAGUGGAAUUUGACUACAUAAAAUUUAAUGAAUUUCUGUUGGAAAUUAAGCUUGUCUCCAAAGUACCACGUCUAUUUUUUACAAAGCAGAAUAUUGCCACUACACAGAGAUCCUGAGUUUAACUGCUCUAAUACUCAGCCUGAUAGUAAACAUGUUAAUCUGAUUACCAAUUCAGGUAUCAGUUUACAUAUUUAUUAGAUUAAUGUCUAGACAUUUUAUAUAGGAGAUUGUGGAACUACCCAGGGAAAGAAAAUUAUUUUGCACAUUUUCUGGAAGUGAGCUAGGAAAAGGCUAUUCACAUACGGGGUAAACUCCCAUUAUAUGAAAACUUAGCAAUGCAAGGAUAUAAAGUUUGAUCAGUUUCAGGAUAUUGUGAAAGCGUUUAAAAGGUAUUAGCAAAUGGACCAUGGGUUGUGAGAAAUAGUUGAAAAGGAGACUUGCAUUUUGUCACGCAUCAGCAGUGGAUCAAUGAAGUCAUAUUUUCAGAUCAUUUUAUUAGACACCAUGUCAGACCCAUUUAAUUGAACAAUGUUGCAAAAUGUCUUUAUGUUAUUGUUGUAUAUAAUAUUACUGCAUCUCUGCUGAAUGCUGAGUGGUAAAUUAAUAAAGCCAGGUGGCAGCUAGCAUGUGCAAAACA